AUGUCAAAUUUAUUAACACUUGAGUUUGUGGCACUUGACAUUACCGGAAAGAAUUAUUUAUCAUGGGUCCUUGAUGUUGAAAUUCACCUUGACGCUAAAGGUCUUGGGAAUACUAUAAAACAAGGAAAUGAAGCAUCAAGUCAAGAUAAAGCUAAGGCUAUGAUUUUCCUUCGUCAUCAUCUUCAUGAAGGAUUAAAAACUGAAUAUUUAACUGUGAAAGAUCCACUUGAAUUAUGGAAUAAUUUGAAGGAUCGGUAUGAACACCUAAAGCUGAUGCAAUACCGUGAAAAGGGGUUUAAGAGGUAUUCUGAAUUGAUUACAUGCCUACUUGUGGUUGAGCAAAAUAAUAAUCUGUUAAUGAAAAAUCAUGAAUCCCAUCCCAUUGGCUCUGCUCCAUUCCCUGAAGUGAAUGCAGCAACAUAUGAUAGGCCUGAAAGAAGGCAAAAUAAUUACCGUGGUCGCAGUCGCGGCUGUGGACGUGGAAGAGGACGUUAUAAUUAUCAUCAUAAUGGUGGAAAUAAACAAGAGAACAAUAAAGGUUCUCAAGAUAAUCCUUCAAUAGCAAUGGCUUAUAGUUCUGGUAUCAAAGACAUUAAUCAGGUGCUUUGUCUUGAAGAGUUCUGA